AUGAAGAAAGUCAACUUUGUGUCUGCUGAAGAGAUGGAACAAGUCCAAGAAGGGGAGGAUACACAAUUUGCUGAAGUGUGUUACAUGAGCAAUGGGCAAGGAGGUUACAACAAAGGAUACUAUAACUACAAGUCCAAUCCAGCCAUGUCAUACCGAAACACUGAUGUUGCUAACCCUCAGGACCAGCAAAUGCACAUACCCCCUGGCUUUCCCCACCAACCACCCCAGCCUGCACCUACGCAAGAGAAUGAGCUCAAGUCAAUGCUGAAACAAUUGCUUCAAGGGCAACCUGAUGGCUUGUAG